GUAUGAUAGCUCCAGAGAAACACAGUGGCGAUGGCAUCUGUAAUGCUAUAUCAUGCUACUAGGCUAACGGUUAUGAAAUAGUAUGCGCCCAGCGCUUCAAAGGCUUCUUUCAAGGCCUUCGUCGCUGGAUUUAUUGCGGCUCAUCGUCGAUGGCCCGCCGUGCAUGAAAAGUCAAUCGCUGAGGCCACGACGAACCUCAACUUACAGCUCGACAUCGAAAGCCAAACCUUUAAAUAAACUAUCUGUAAUGCCCUUGGAUAGUAGCGAUGCCCGACUGGAAAUAUCGAAUAGGAAAGGAGAGAGGCCGUACACAUCUUGUACUCGCCAGAAGGAUGGACAGUUACCCAGUAUCCAACCUGAAGUCCAAAACAAUACUUUUACCAAGCGGGGUAUAAACGAAGCCGAACCUAUACCAAAACUGUCCGAUUUAGACUUGAAAUCCGUUGUUGACGAGCUGAAGAAACGUCAAUUGAACACUUCAACCGCAAGGUCUUCCGGAAAUGCGGUUGGGCAAGAGAGCACGGAGCGGCUGUGGACUUAUGUGGAGUGCGGACUGCAUCAGGCUGGCAAUGAAGCCGUGCGAGAUAUAUGGGAGCAUAUCAGGUCGCCAGGCCUGCAUCUACCUGUGCAGGGCCCGUCCGCAAUGAGCAAAGGCGGCCUGGCGGACAAUAUCUGGGUGCCUAUCGUCGAACUUGGGUUUAAAGAACCCGAAACAUUGAGCAGUAUAUGUCAAUAUGCCAAUGAAAUGUACGACACGUCUGGGGCACGGUGGUUAAAGCUUUACUUUUAUGUUAUUCAACAUAUGCUUCUAAAUCAUCGUGGCUCGGAGGCCGUUCACUGGCACGAAAAAUUGUCGCGUCGUCACCGCCCUGGACCAGCGACCUUCCAGCGUCUGAUGCGAAAUGUCAUUAUUUCCAAGGAGGGAGACCACAAGGCCCUGAAAAAGAUUUAUAUUCGGAAUCCAUACCAGUCAAUAUACUCGAAAAUCGUCCCUAUUUUGCUUCAGAAUCAAGAAUUUGAUAAAGCUUUCGAUUGGCACAUGUUUCUACAGCACCAUCGCGAUUUACCUCUCAAUGCGGACGUUGUUCAGCCGCUAAUACAAUAUUUUUCUAUAUUCGACCCAAAGACGGCAAAGGGGAUCUCAAGUGGCCUCACAGUUUCUGGUAGUAGCUUGGCUCCCGGAACAACGACAGAAGGAGACGAGGAUAAGUCCAACUCUCGAGAGGACGUGCUGAGCAUAAUGAGUGGCGAGGCCCCGGGCUCUGUAAUAAAGGGAUCGCAAGCCGACCUGUGGGUUGCCCGUUGGUUUGCAACGAAAUGGGUGACGUUAGACAUCGCCAUCAAUACCGCACACGCUCUUAAAGUCGAAUAUAUUGGACCACUUGCACUGCAGGCGAUUGCACUCCGUGAGCCAGUAGCUGCAGAUAUCACAAGCAGAAUAGGCCAGCUGGAACAGCGCGGUAUCGGUGUUGGCCAAUCGACAUAUUCAAAGGCGCUGACAUCAUUCGCAAAGCGAGGCCAGCAAGGCCUUUUGGAAGCCCUAUUAGAAAGUGACCAGCACCCACUGUCUUUCGAUGACCGAGUUCUGCAGGAAAAAUUGUUGACGGCCUAUGCAAAGGCCGGCUAUUGGCGUCAACACCAACUUAUCUUGGCUGUGCAACUUGCCAGUGCCAUUGAUCCGGUGAUGGAACAAUACAACAUGCAGCUCCGUAACCAUGCAACACAGCGGGACCAAGCUGCAAUAGUCAAGGUGCUGGAAACCAUGCGCAUGAACCGAAUCGCAGUAGAAAUUGCAACAAUACGCUUUAUCCUCCGAGCUAUACUUCGUCCCCGAACCCGUGGCCAUGGGCCAGACAACUCAGUACCCGGAUAUGUGGAACAGGAUAUUGGCCUGGCCAUCUCAAUUCUGAAGAACAUUAUGGAGUACAAUAGAUUCGUCCCUAUAACGGUAUGGCGCGAGGUGACACGGAGACUGGGCAUGUUGGGUCGAAUGAAUGACCUCCAUGGCCUCAGCCUGUGGCUCGUCGACCAGUACGGCCCCGACAAUAAUGGACACACGCGGAUAUUAGGUACCAGCCCGACACUUCCUGCCCGUCAGCCUCAGCUCUCAACCGGCCACCCACUGCAUCCUCUUCGCCUAUUAUUCUCGGACGUUAGGCAGCGCUCAAUUGUGGAAUGGGGCUUCAUCUGGGGCCUGAUGUCCUAUGCAACGUCAGUGGAUUCUAGUCCUGGAAUCAUAGCGGCAACUACUGCCGAAGAACAGAAGAACCUUGCUUUGGAGCAGAUGACACAAGGAAUCCGUUUCGUGAAAGAGCUGCAGAAACGUGGUGUUUACAUCAAAGAAAGUAGUGUCCGCCGUGCGGUACGGGUGCGUCUUGUUAUCCUGUAUGGCCGCAAAGAAUCUGUCCAGCAGCAUAAUCGCAAGUGGCGCUCCUACAAUCCGUUGAGCCUUGAGGAAGUCGUGAAAGGGGCAGAAGUAGCCUGGGGUAAUCCGCUAUUCCCGAGUGUCGAGGCUGUACGCCUUCUGAUUGAGAAUGGCGGGAAGCAAGCAAAACCUCCACCGCGGGCGCGGGGACCUGUGACAGGCAUUGCUGGCAGUUCUGUAAAUGUAGAUUUAGAUGUUGGCAGGAGAUAUGGUAGACAGGCAGUUUAAUGAUACCCCUUUUUAAUAUCCUAC